AUGUCGACACCGUCUUCCCCAGUCUCGCCGAGACAUCGUCGGCACCCAUCAAGUUUCGAUAUGACGCCAACCAUAAAUGACGCAAAUGAUAACGGCUAUUUCUAUCUUCAGACCCCUCAAUCUCCGGGCUCCCUAUCCGCAGACGGGCAGCAUCUGCGACAUUCUAUAUCAUCCAACAGUGAUCGGCGUAUGUCUGCAGUAUAUAUGGGAGCCGUGGAUUCUGGCGGGGGAUUGGGAAAUUUGGCAGACGAGCUGGCUGAUGCUUGGGGUGAUGGCGAGGGAUACGAAUAUGCCUCGGGAAUAGAGGUCAAUGAUCAAAUGAACAAUAUACACGACGACAACCAUUCGUCCGGAGAACAGACACCCCGCGAACAGACUUCGCCCAGCGAUACGAAUAGUUUACAGCCUCCAAGAAAUAGAGAGAAACAAAUACAGAAUCGGCAUCAUCGACGCACAGAAUCUCAGUAUGAUGGUUCGGAUUAUGGAAACGACUCGGAUUUCGAAGAGGGAAGCGAGUUCUCUCCUAAUUUCGAGAGGAGACUGGCAGGAAUUGAAAGCUUGGCUAGACGGGGGAUAGAGGAAAAUGGCAGUUCAAAUGAUCAGAUUAUACAGCGAUUUGUUGAAGGUCUCAGGGAUCUGGGUGCUCAAAGCGGAAUCGAGAAUGGGGCUGCAAGAUUGAUCACCGCUCAUACAUCUAUCACAUCACAUCUCACGCACCAGACUCGAGCAUUACAAACAUUGAUACACCCCCUUUUAUUCUCUCAUUUCCCUUUGCUAUCCCUCGAAUCCAUGGACGACCUUAUACCCUUGAUUGACGAAGGCCUCCUCCCAAACCUACCACUUCCCUUCUCCACACAACAAACACACAACUCUUCUCUCCGACCGCAGUCCGCCUCAUCCUCACGGUCCUCACAGAGUCAAGCAGCCACAUCCGCAGACCCACUUCUAUCGCUACAAGCCCUAUUAGGCCAAACAUCAGACUUAACCCUCACCCUCCGAACCCUGAGUGACACCCUCCACGAAUCCCGCCAAUUAACAUCCACAGCCUCCCGCCGCCUCCGAUCAGCGCGGGAACUAGUCGCAGAAAUCAAACGCGAGGACGAAGAUCGCGAAGAGGGUCAUCGCUGGAUAGAAAGUGGGCAAUGGGACCGCAAACUCAAAGAGCGCGAGGCAGGUCGAGUCUGUGGAGAAGUUGUGAGUGGCUUUGAAGCGGUUUGCGGUGAAUGGAGGAGGAAAUUGUUUGGUGCUUCGGGGGCUUCGUCUGCACCUGCAGCUACUGAAGCGGCGGCUUAACCGAUUCCAAUUCUAUGCGGGAAAGAAGGGAGAUUUGGCAGAUACCAUGAACGUUUUUACAUACUAUCUGAUGACGAUAUUGCUUUUUUUUUUCUCUCUUGGCUUUUUUUCUUGUUCCAUUUGCAUUACGACGGAUUUACACUGUUUUGUUUUCUGUUGUUUAUAAUCAUACAUCAUACACAUAGAUAUCCCCCUUGAUAGCAGCUUUGUUUUCAAGUUCCGUGGAUUUGAAGGUCACUUGCGUUUUAG